AUGUCUCUUGCGAAGAAUCUUCGGCCUAUAACAUCAGCAAAGCCAAGAGAGGUCGUAACGUGGGAUCAAUUUGAGCGAAUUCGAAGAAAUAAGGAAAUAUGGGACAAUCCCGAAUCGAUCGUUCAUCGUCUUCCAUUACAUUAUAAAAAACGCUAUUGGCAGAAUGUUUUAAGUAAAGCAAAACCCGUUCAUUAUCGACCACCAGCCAAUCGGUUUUCCUGGGAUACGAAACGACUUGUUUUACAUGAACAUGAGGAAUAUCCAAUUAUCGGCAUUCAUCCGCCGGAAGCUGACCAAGCCUUAUGGGGUGGUGAAACAGUUGUGAAAGGAUAUAUCGAAUCAAAUUUCUAUUUAAAGAAAAAAAUUCUUCCCCGACGUUGGAUUCCUCAUUUUUUCUUCCCUACUCUCAAAUAUUCCAUUCAGUAUUCAGAGAUUCUUGAUAAAUAUAUGAAAAUUACUGUCACCGAAAGAACAUGCCGUUUAAUCGAUGAUCAUUUUGGGUUUGAUUAUUAUAUAUUGGAAACUCCUGAAAUUGAUCUCGCAUCCAAAUUGGGCAAUAAAUUGAAGAGAGAACUUUUAAUCGCUUUGGCGAAGGAAGAUUAUUAUCAUAACGAUCCAGAUCGACAUGAUUAUAUACGUCGUAAAUAUGCUAAAUUCGUCAUACCUUUGGAUGAAGCUGAAUGGGUUGGACUAGAUUUAAAUGAAGCGUGUAGGAAACUUCAAGAUUUGGAAGAUUCCAUCGCUCCAAAACCUCUAAAAUAUCAAUUUGAAAAGGAUUUAGUUGAAAAUAUUAUUAAAAGAAAAGAUGUUGUAAUUGAGGAAGAAGAAUAUGCACCAAAGAAGACGGAAAGUUUAUUUGGUGAAAAGCUCCUUGGUAAAUUUUUCAGGCCCAUUGAAAAGGCUCUCAAACGUUGA